GUGUGUGUGUGUUCAGAGCGCAGCUCCUCUGAUCCCGGCGUGUAUCCGGUUCCGGCCGCGGCGCCUCCUGCAGGACGGGAGCGCAGUCACAUGGGUCAGCUGUUCUUCGAGUAUCUGCUGGUUGUCAGUCUGAGGAAGAAGAGGAACGUGGAAGGUUACGAGCCCCACACAAGUUCACAAAGCGUGAGGUGAUGGGCCGUCUGCAGCGUGAGGAAGAGGAGAAGUGCAUGAAGGCCGCUCAUCUCUUCUGCUUCCCAGAGGGAAUCAACUGGGCUCCUCUGACCGAAUACAGGAGUGAGACGUUCUCGUUCGUUCUGACUGAAGUUGAUGGCAGCAGGAGGAACGGAUACUGCAGGAGACUGCUGCCGGACGGCCGCGGCGCUCGUGUUCCAGAGGCGUACUGCAUCAUCAGCAGCGUGGCGUGUUUCGGACUCUUCUCAAAGAUCUUUGACGAGGUGGAGAAGCGCAGGCAGAUCUCCAAAGCCAUGAUCUAUCCGUUCAUGCAGAGCCUGCGGGAGGCGCCGCUGCCCUCGCCCGGAAACACCGUCACCGUCAGCAGCUUCAUCCCGGACGCCGGAACCCAGAUCAUCAGUCUGACGCGGCCCGCAGAGUCCUGGCUCGAACAUGUGGACUUCCACACGCUCUUCCGCUGCCUGAGCGACGAGGAGGUGCUGAUGGUGUUCGCCGCCACCGUCACGGAGCGACGGAUCAUCUUCAUCUCUGAGGAGCUCAGCACUCUGUCGCAGGUCCUUCACGCUGUAGCUGCUCUCUUGAAUCCGUUUGUGUGGCAGCACACGUUCAUAUCAAUCGUUCCUACGGUUCUGAUUGAUGUUUGUGCUGCGCCAACACCGUACCUGCUGGGAGUCCAGAAGAGCAUGCUGGACCUGCUGACGGACCACAGCGACCUGAUGAUUGUCGAUCUGUCGCCCGGAGCAGAAACUAAAUUCAUCACGAGAAUUGGAGACGAGGAGUCUCUCCUGCCCGCUAAGCUGAAGGAGGAGCUGCUGUCGCGGCUGUCCACGCGCACACGCCACGCCUCGACGGAGGAGCUGAACCGGCUGGUGUCAGAGGCCUUCCUGUCCGUCUUCGUCAGGAGCGUGGGGCACUUCUCGCAGUACGUCAAGAGGUGCGCGAACGGCCGCCAGUUCCAGAAGAAGAGCUUCCUGAAGGCCGUGGAACACAAGUCACACCUGAACUUUGUCAAGCUCUUCAUCCAGACACAGAUGUUCGAUCUGUUCAUUCAGGAAGAGGAAACACAGCCCAACCCUAACGUGUUCUUUCACAGGAAGGUGUCAGAGUAUCACGAGAGGAAGAAGAGGGAGAAGAUGAAGGCCGGAUGGGUGUGAGGAGUGGUGGUGUAAACG